GCCAAGACUCGGUCUGAACUUGGCUUGCGCAUGCGCUACCGUUUUCUUGGCCAGUUGUAUUUUGGCCAUUAGCACGUACGGAGCUGCGCCCGCGCCUUGAGUCCGCCCAGCCAGUUCGAGCCAAGUGUGAAAAUCAUACAAAUGCGAGUAAACGCGGCUCCACUUACCAGAAACAGAAACUAAAAUUGAAGUUGGUGUUAACACACUUUCGACGGUUUUUGCACGAAAGCGAAAGUUGCGUGCCCCAGUGGAGUUUAUUGCUCGCAUGGUGUUUACAACAGCCCCCACACAAAACAAAUAAAGAAGCAAAAUAAGAAAAGCUGAUUUUGAAUACUAAUACAAAUCAAAGCGGUGCGAAGUUCGCCGUCUACGCAGUUGGCCAAAAAUCAACCUUCGAUUCAAUUACCAAGCUCCUAGCCAAGAUGCCAGCCGCCAGUUCGCAUCCACGACUGUUCUUCUACCUGCUCUGCGCCGCCUCCCUCCUGGCCGUCUCCAAAUCGGACACCGUGCCGUUGCAACCUCCCGCCGAGGACUUGGCCUACGAUGCAGCCUUGCAGCUGGGGCUGCUCAACCACCGCCUGAAUCUCCUUGCCCACGAGGAGGAGGCCAGGCAACUGAGCUUCCCGAACGUGACGCUGGGCGGCCUGGUGAACCGCAUCCCCUGUAGCUGCGACACUGGCUUGUGCAAGUGCUGUGCUGGCUUCCUCUCCGUCAUCGGGAUGAACAGUUGCACCGAAAUCGCCUACCGCCCGGACGAGUUCUCCUUCGAGCUGCGGAUGAGGGUCAACAACAACAUCUGGUUCCGGCGCAAGGUCUCUGGCCAGAACCCACCGCCCUUCUGCUUCCGACCGCCGCGCUUCAACUUCGCCAGGGCCUGCAUCCAGUUCCACGACAUUUGGUUUGUGGGCCGCAACAUGCAUGUGUGCAUGUACAUGUCCGGGGAGUUCCAGGGAUUCGAGCUCUUCGAAAGGAACUUUGACUGCCUCCUGUUUGGCGACCACGGCGUCAAGAUCGUCCCCCCGGAGCAGGGAUAUCCGGUGAGGCCGAACGACGUGGACAUUGACGACGGAGACGAUGAGAUCGAGGACUACGAUGAGAACGUCGUACGCAGCCUGGCCGAAAAGAUGAUUGGCUAA